CAACAAAACCUUCGUUCUCAGUUGUCUAUGGCAGACACCUAGUCGGCAAAUACCGCUUGACGCAAUCGCUAUAUUGAGGCCGGAAAGGGAUUAUUAACAUACUUUUGGCCUUUUGAGAAGGCAUGAUCGGUUCUUAUUCCAGGCAAAAUAGAAUUGGCUUGUUCUUCGUUUUCGUUGCGACAUCGAAAGUAGGUGCGAAAGUCCCAACGUCUCGUAAAAGAGUCCUUCCUCAAACAGAUAUGCCUGGCAAUAGCGAUGCAUGGAAUGGAAUUGGCGGUGGAGCCGUCAAUGAAAAGGUGAGAACACAGGGUUCUCAGGAUGGAACGAAGGACCUUCUAGAUAAUCCUAAUUCGUCGGGCUUUAAUCCUUCAAAUUCACGGGCACACUUAUUCCACGCAUUGGAAGGACUGGAUCGCUAUCCGAACUACCUCGCAAGGUGGAACGAGUCAGAUAUAAAUUGCUUAGAAAAUGCUUUAGAAGAGGUACUGGUGAAGGUUUGCGAGCAGAAGCGCUCAAUACUGGAUCAGAAAAAAGGGAUACAGGCCUUAGUCGGGGAACUUCUUGAAGCCGACGGAGAUAGAUGGCGGAAUCUUUUGCGGCCCCCAACCAACUGGUCAGAAAUGCAAGAUGGUGUUUUAGAUAGCAAGGCAUAUUGCACUAUUAUCGCUCCAAGACUUUUUACCCAAGCAACACCUCCUACAGUACGACAAAUCCUCGCAGCGGAAGUCGAAAUAGAGCUAGACGUAGGGCAAUUGACAUGCUUGAUGAACGAGGAGAUGUAUGAUGUUUAUUCUCUCUCCAUUCUCUCGGAGAGUUUUUGUGGUAGAGUCCGAGAGUUUGUCUCGGAAGUUUCCAGGCUCGGGCAAACGGAGAAGUAUGCUAACCUGCAAAUGGGACGACGGCCCAUAGACCUUGACACUAUUGGACUCGGCUGGAUCAAUGACUUACUAUUUUACCUUAUCCUACGUCCUAUUUCGCGUCAUCUUUUCGAAUCAUCGGAAAGUUUUGGCGACUUGAACUGGCGACAAGGAUAUGUUGCUGCCUACUCAGCAAACCCUACCGAGGGAAGGCCUAGAGCACAACUAAUUACUCAUACUGACGACAGCGAAGUUACAUUGAACAUCGGUCUGGGGGAAAACUUCACAGGUGGGGCUAUAGAGUUUCGAGGAUUACGGGGAACGCCGGAAGCUGGAAAGUUGAUCGGUACGAUUCAGCCUCGAGUUGGCGUAGCUCUGAUACAUGCAGGCCGGCAUUUUCACGAUGUCACAACCGUGACGUCUGGGGAUCGCUUUGCCCUAGUCAUGUGGGCCAGGUCCUGGGGUGGUAUUCGCCAGCAAGCUUGUCCCUGUUGCUGGCUCAAUCGACGUAAAGAUGACCAUUGUGUAUGCGGUCCAAGCUGGAAUUAGGAAAUCUGCAGUGUUACUCUAUAUAGAUUAUAGAUAGUCAACUGUGAAUAAGAUGCACAAAUGUUCGGCUUUC